AUGGUUUUUCCAAAAACAAAAAGCACCAUUUUAAUUUGCUCUCCUCCUCAAGCCUACGAGAGUACGGAUUACAAGAAGGACGAGAAAAUUGAUGGAUACUACGAGGAUCUGGAGGUGCCUCCCAGCCAUGGCGAGAAGUCGGGCCCACAGACGGUCGCGCCUCCACCACCUCCACCAACCAGCGGCGCAGGACAGAUCUACGAGAACAUC